AUGCGACGAGUCAAGAGAAAUUGUACGAAUGCUGAAGGUGGUAAAUGUUUGGGUAGAAGUAAUCAUCUAUUAAACAAAGUCAGAAGUAGUCAUCUAUUAAACAAAGUCAGAAGUAGUCAUCUAUUAAACAAAGUCAGAAGUAGAAAACGAUCAGUUGCAUCAACAACAACAAAUGAUACAUUGAUUGAUGUAGGCUGGGGGUCAUAUUGGAUGGGAUUAAUUACAAUUGGUACGCCAGGUCAAACGUUCGAUGUUGACAUUGAUACUGGAUCAUCUGAUCUAUGGAUACCAGGCGUACAGUGUGGAACUCCGUGCGGGGCCAAUCAUACAUUUAAUAGUAGCUUGUCAUCAACAUAUACCGCAUUGAAUAAACCAUUCUCUAUUCAAUAUGGUGAUGGAUCCAAUGUAGCUGGAAUAUUCGGCAACGAUACAGUCUGUAUUGGUGGCAUAUGUAUCGCUAAUCAAACUUUUGCCAUAGCAACAUCAGCUAAUGGUAUGAGUACGCAAGUAAAUGACGGACUUCUCGGUAUGGGAUAUCAAAAUAUUGCCACUGGUGGUGAAAUGCCCGUAGUAUGGUCAAUGUACUUGGCUGGCCAACUCAGCCUUCCUAUUUUCGCCUUUUGGGUCGCGCCAGUAUCAACUGGUUCCGAUACAGGCGAACUGAUCUUAGGUGGUUACGAUACAACGAAAUAUACAGGGUACUUUGCAUAUGCGAGUGUUACUACGAAAUGUUAUUGGGAAUUCAUCGCAGAUAGUGUUACAUUAACAAUUGGAUCAACAACAACUACAAUAGCUACAUCAAUUAAUGCUAUGUUGGAUACUGGCACAACAUUGGGCAUGAUUGCAUCAUCAGCUUAUGCUAAUGAGAUAUAUUCAAUGAUAGGCGCUACAUACAAUGCGGCAAUCGGCUGGUACACAAUUAAUUGUCACACGCAACCGCUAACAGCAUUUCCAAACAUAACAGUGACCAUUGGCGGCGUUCCAUUUACAUUAACACCACCGAUGUAUCUUCGAAUUGUGGGUAAUCCCAACAACUAUUACUGCCUUUGCCUUCUCUCCACAGGUGAUUUCUAUGAUGCUAAUAGGCAACCAAUUUGGAUUCUUGGUGAUUUUUUCAUGAGGCGCUUCUAUAGUGUAUUUGAUAUGUGA